UUGCACCUUUGUUCCUCGGGUUCUGUGCACUCUCUGUUUUUUCUUUCCUUUUUCCUUUUUCCUCAUUUCUCCCUCUCUCUCGAAACCCUCAUUUAUGUACCUCUCCACCGCUGUCAUUUACUCCAGACGUUAACUUAGUCCGUGUGCAUCGACUCUUUGCCUCUGAUCCCACGGUACGGCCUGUCUCCUCCGCCCGUGUCCUGCGCUCCCCUUAGCCCAGCCCAGCCAGCCUGAUCCCGCUCGCUCACCUUCUCUUCUCCUCUGAUCCCUUUCUUUUCAUUCAUUGCUCUCACUGCCAGGUUACGGUCUGUAAACAGUGAGCAGAUGGCCGGAAGGAACUAUUCCUGAAUCCAUUCAAUUCCAAAUCCCAAGCACGGCUCUCCUGUGUUUUUUUUUUUUUCAUCUCCUGGUUGUCUAUAUAUUUUCUGUUGAAUCGUCUCGCUGGUCACUGGUUGCUCCAACCCUCUCGUUGGCUGGUUUCCCUCCUUCGCUGGUUGCCUUGAUGUGCCAAACCCAUUACGCGCUCCCCUAUUUACCAUUAACUCUCUUGCAACCUCGCUCUUGAUCAAACUCCCGGCUCUCCACAACAACCUCCUCCUCCUCCUCUUGGCCGACAAACCACCGUUACUUUACGCUCUUUAGUCCUGGAUAUUUCGGGAAACCCUCCGUCCUUUUAUUCUCUCCUUGCGGCUGCUUGGUCCCGUCGAAGCUGGCGGCCUCUUCAACCAUGGCUCCUGGGUUUGUACCUCUGCACAUGCUUCCCUUGCUCCUACCCUGCACUUGUGUUGAGAGUAUGCUUGCUGAUCGCAAACACGACAGACUCGGUUCAGGGUUCCGCUCCUUUUGGCACGCGAUGACUUCGAAUGACAGGCAUGCAAACCACGAUUCCCCCUAUAGAUCUCUUUCCAACAUGGGCAAUCAACGCAUUGGCGUUGGCCGUAACCCCGAAUUACACUCCGUUACCUCACCCGGUGCCGGCACCAGCCUCAAUCUUAGCUACCGCGACGAUAACCGUUCUACCACCGCUCUCGCUUCCCAAAACGGAAAUAUUCAGGGCCCGAAUUCCCCCUAUUCUCCGGGCUCGAGGUCUUCAACUUUGCAGAGUGAUGGCUCACCAGGAGGAAUAGCUCUGCAAGACUUUGGUACGGAUGGUCUACCCCCGCCCCCCCCUGUACGCCAUUCCUGGAGCAGGAUCGACCGGUGGUGCGAGGAUAACUAUCCCGAGCUCUUUGAUCAACUCUGCACUCCCGCGUCGGUAAAUGAUAUCAACGAGCUGGAGUACAACCUGGAUUGUUCACUGCCGAUGGAGGUGAGGGACUCGCUUCAGAUUCACGACGGACAGGAACGCGGUGGUAUGCCUACUGGCUUAAUAUUUGGUGCAAUGUUACUGGACUGCGAGGAGAUGCUGGAUGAGUGGAGGAAUUGGAGGAAGGUUGAGAGGGAAUAUUUGGCCGAGCCGACACUUGCUCCUCCAACUCCGGAUGGGGAGCCUGGACCGUCUAGGUUGGACACUGGUUCCAUUGGACGCCAGAACCUUCAAGCUCGCCAAGACUCACAACCGGAAGGUGCUGUUGUGAAGGCCUAUGCUCAUCCGGGUUGGAUCCCUAUGGUCAGAGAUUGGGGUGGAAACAACAUCGCCGUUGACCUUGCACCCGGCCCUAAUGGGACAUGGGGACAAGUUAUUCUCUUUGGCCGUGACUAUGAUACCAAGUAUGUUGUUGCGAAAUCGUGGCCGCAUUUCCUUGCUAUGGUAGCGGACGAUUUGGCGAGUUCUCAUUGGUGGGUGGACGAGGAGACUCAGGAGUUGAGGUUGAAGGAUCCGAGAGCUCCAAGAUCGGAGCCACCGUACAUGGAAAUUCUACGGGUCCGGAAUGAACGUAAAUACGGAAGACGCCGCGUCAGAAAAUCAAUGUCUCCGACACAGUCACCUCACACCUCCACCAUGUCCCCGGGAGCUUUCGGAGCGGCGAAUGGACACGGUCUCCGCGGCGGCCUCACAAGACCUCCAAGGGAGGAAAGCACAAUGUCGAACAACCACCUCAAACCACCUUCAAAGAAGCCGGGCAAACCUCUACGAAGUGUCACCGAGGAGAUUCCAGCCCCAAUCCCCAUCCAUACCAAAGUACAGAGUCCAGCGAGGGGUCCUCCAGUCAAUAACCUAUUGGACGAGCCUUUACUUGAAGAGAGACUAUCUGAUACGGUUCAGAAGCUAGAAGAUGUUGCACUGGAUGGCGACAAAAGGCUCAAGAGGGCCGCGACCGAUACAGUUUCGCGACCCCCUCCACCGGUCGUGGUACAGCGAUCAAGUCUUGAGGUUAUAGCUUUCGGACAUAAUACGGAUGUGAGAUAGAAUGGCUUGACGUUUCUCAUUUGUUGGCAUUGAGCGGAUCAAGGAUCACAUACUUAUUAAUUACGCGGGGGGGGGAUUGUGUUGAUGGCACAUGGACUUGACUGUCAAUAUCAUGGGAAAUUGGUCUUGUCAUUUUCUUCUGCCCUCUUCAUUCAAUCCCUCUCUUGUUUUUCUGUUUCUUAUACCUUUGUCCCUCCCUUCCCCCCCUUUUUUUUUCCUUUUCUUUACUCUUGUGGGUGGUGUAAAUCAUGAUGGUCGCAUUGAAAUGUUUUCUUUUCCUGGUUCCAUUGCUCGGCCGUUAUAUAUACAUUUUUCUCCUUUACAUUUUUUCUGUCCUCAAUUUUCCUACACUGUGCUAUUAGUAUCAUCACCAUUACCUCGCCCUUUUUGCAUGAUGGCUACAAAAGUUGGAACAUCUAUUAAGGAAGGGAGAAAAUAAGUCGCAAAAAGGAAAGAAGGUGUACACCAUGAUAUCCCCUUUUAUCCAUACAUUUACCCAUCAACCUCUUGUAUACAUUCCUCUACAUCUAACUUUUCAUUUCAUCUUACACUUUACAUUCUUGAUACAUCGCUGUGCGUGUCUUUUUUUUUCUUCUUCCAUCUGCCCGGCAUAGUGAACUUGAGAAAUCGCUGUCUGUACCUUGUACUGCAUCUUGGUGAUAAGAGUCUCCCAUAGGUCAACCAACUUAUUCGGACCUUGGCCUUUGGCUAUCGUGCUUGCAUUUUGAAUAGAAUUUGGCAUGAAAUGUGUUGUUUUUAUUUAUUACCGUUAUUGGAGUGCUUGAGUGACGUUGCGUGAGUCCAUUACAGUAUUGAACCUCGGUUUGGGCAAGCACUGUGAAGUGGGGUGGCACAUGACGUUUUUGUGUCCCACGUUCAAACUGAUCUCCGCGUUGUGUUACGCCUCUUUAAAUAGUCCCCUCCGUCAGGGCACCCUACUGUACCAGGGAUAGGGCAGACAGACAGGCAGAAUAUUUUUCCCUGAGGUGCUACAAGCAAAGAAGCCUUCUGAUUGGAGAUUCCUAAGGGGUUUUUUUUGUGGCAAAUGAAUUAUGCGCAGUCAUUACGGUGCCUUACCCGUAGUCUACUGGUAUUAUAUCUGACCCAUCCCUGUCCAUAUGCAGUAUCGCCGUCCCUUCAGCUGUGGCGAGAGCGGUAAUCU